GGCAUUAAUUGUUUCGUCGCGCUUCUCCUUCUCCUCCUCCUCCUCCUCCCCGGCGCCCCGAUCCCUCCGAAGCACGAAGAGAAAAGAGAGAAGCUUCGUCGCAAUAUCCAUGGCGAGAGCUACACCCCUCUCUCCUCUCCCUCUCCGUUUCCUACCCUUCGUCGUCGUCGUCGUCGUCGUUGUCGUCGUCCUGGGGACCUCCCAUGGCCAAACCUCGAUCCCGCGCAGGUACGACGGGUUCACCUACGGAGGCGCCGCGGCGUGGGACGACUCCGUGGUCGUGGAGGCGUUCUUCGACCCGCUCUGCCCCGAUAGCCGAGACUCGUGGCCCCCGCUGAAGCGGGCGAUCGAGCGCUUCGCCCCUCGCGUCUCCCUCAUCGUCCACCCCUUCCCCCUCCCCUACCACAAUAAUGCUUUCCUUGCUUGCCGUGCUCUUUAUAUAGCAAAGAAGCUGAAUGCAUCCUCAGUCUAUCCCUUGCUGGAGCUGUUUUUCAAGAAUCAGGAAAACUAUUACAAUGGACCAACUACAAACAUGUCGAGAGCUGCCAUAACAGAGGAUAUUUCGAAGCUCGCAGUUAGGGCUGUCGGGAACUCGCUAUUGGCUGAUUUUUUAUCAGGAUUUCAAGAUUCAGCAACAGAUCAAGCUGCAAGAGUUUCCUUCAAGUAUGGCUGCUCGAGAGGGGUGAGUGGUGCGCCGUUCUUCUUCGUAAAUGGAUUCGUCUUGCCGGAUGCUGGCUCGCCUCUCGACUACGAUACAUGGGAAGGCAUCCUCGAACCGCUGCUGGAGACGCAAAGUGGAAGAGCAGAGCUGUGAUUUUCUCCCUCUGUAAGCGGCUAUCUGUGUUAUGUUAUGUAAGGUUCAGUUUCCUGACUGUAAGCUGAAGUUUCGUGUUCUUAGAAGAUGCUUAAAUUUGUAAAAUUUGUCCUCUGUCUCGAUCUGAAACAAUUCCUGUUCUACAGGGUUUUAAUGUGACAGUUGUGAAUAGCACCUAUUUUGUAGUAAGAAAUGCAUAUAAUAUGUGCUCAAUCUAUUAUCUGGAAGAAGCACUUUUUGGUUGCA